UAUUCGUGGUUCGAAACGAAAAUACCGAAAGGUAAACGAGCGCACGCACCGCAUGUUUUACGUCGUAUUGUUGUCAUCAUCGUCGUCGUUGUCGUCGUCUUCAUCGUAUUUCCAAUAAAGCCAACGUCAUUGUCGUGCUUCCGUCCCGUUGUUCAUUUAAUGUUAUUACAUUUACAUGUUCAGUUUAUUCCUUCUAUACAACGGGCUCUGCUACUCUGCAUAAUAAAACAACAACAAAAAGUCAAAUAGAAGUAUAAAUAAAAGAAAUCGGCAAACCUAAACAAAACGUGUAUACGCGCGGUGUUGUGGCAAAUAAUUUAGGUGGUACGUAGUCGUCGUUGUCUUAGCACUCUAGUGCAACAUUACGAUAAAAAGCAAAAAUACAUGUGUUGUGAAGUAAGAAAACGAAACGAAAAUGAAAUUAUACAUAUGAUUAUACAAACAUAUGUAUAUACGAAUAAAAUAACAAAAAUAUAAAGAAUUAAAAAAAAAAAAAUACACAUAUCUUCUAUUUUAAAUACAUCUACUUGCGUACAAAUGAAUGUCUAUGCAUACCACAGCAACAUCAUCCAUCCAUCCAUCCAUUUGCAUAUACAUAUAUCGGUUUAAAAAAAAAACCCAACAGCAACAACAACAAGAUAAAUAAAAACAAGAGGAGCACACACAAAAAAAUCAUCGCGUAUACAAAGACGACAACAACAACGGCCAACGAGAUUGAGAAUAUCCAACAAGAACAACUACAACAAAAACUAUGUUCAACGGUUUAAAUAAAUAAACAAGGCAAUAACGACAACCGCAAAAAGAAUAACCAAAAUCAAAACAAAUAAAACAAAAAAACAUCUUACAUAUCCGUCAAGAGCAAUAAAGCAGCGGCGGCAGUGCAUUAUUGGCCGGUUGCUUUGGUGCUUAUGAGGGUUGACAACAAGUUGCGAAGCAAGAAGUAUUGCUGUGAGCGUGUAUUGUGCUGAGCCAAUGUGAUUGUGAGCGUUGAAGUGUUUUACUUGCCCUCCCCUCUAAAGCAUAAUAACAAAUGUUUAGUCAAAAAACGAAAACUUCAAUUAAAUUUAAAUUAAAUUGAAAACGAACCACGAGUUUGAAGAAAGCAAAAAGAAAAAAAAAACUCCAAACAAAUUCUUCCAUCAACAUCGUCUUUCCAUUUUUAUAACAAAAAUGUGCUGAAUUUUAAAGACUUGCAGAAAUAAAGUUAACGUUCUUCCAAAGAAGUUCUUAUCAGCCAACAGCAAAGCCUGCAAAAAUAUUCAAAAUUUAUAUUCCCAGAAAAAGAGAAGGAGAAGAAAAAAGUAAAAAAAAAAUGAUUUAAUAACAAAGUGCCAUCUGUUACCAUUUUUUUAAUUACAAGUCGUUAAAGAAAAGCCACAAAGCAUUAAAGAAAAUUAUAAUUGAAAAAAAAAAAUCGUAUAUAUCAAUAAAUUUAAAAUCUAGUGUUUAAUGUUUUCAAUUUGAAACAAAAAUUAAGAAAAAAUCAACCUUGCAUUUCAAUUAGCAUAUGUGUUUGUGAGUGUCUAACAAAAAUCAGUGAUAUUUUAUUCCUAAACUUUUGGCUUCGGUAUAAAAUCUUCGUUUCGUUUACUAAUUUCUGCUCCAUAUUCGUGUCCUUUGUUAUUGGGGCCGUCUAUGACCACACGUCGCAAUUCAACCGGACUCAUAUGGCAUUUGAGAAAAUCUUUGUACAAGCGUAGUACAAAGAAAAUGAAAACAAUUUCAUGAUACUAUAAGUGGUCCGAAUCAGUGAUAUUGAAUUAUUUAAAAAUGCCUUCGACACCGUACGAUUUGGUGCAGGACGAUCAGGACUUAAGGGUGCCGCUACAUGCUGAACAGGCCUUCUUCAAUGGCAUCACAUUUCAAGCUAAGUUUGUGGGCUGGGAGGAGGUGCCCCGUCCAAAUACACGGGCUGAGAUUGUGCAGGCCAUGCGAAGGAUUCGGUACGAAUGCAAAGUGCAGAAUCUGAAAAAACGCAAAGUUACCAUCCAUGUUUCCGUCAAUGGCGUUCGCGUUGUGCUGAAAAAGCGAAGGAGAAAAAAAAAGAAUUGGUCCAAUGAUUGCGAGGAAAUUGAAUUGCUGAACCACCCCAUUUAUAGGAUUUUCUAUGUGUCCCACGACAGCAGUGAUCUCAAGAUAUUCAGUUAUAUUGCCCGAGAUGCCAGCACGGACACAUUCAAGUGUUCGGUUUUUAAAAGUCAUAAAAAGUCUCAGGCGAUGCGUAUAGUGCGCACAGUUGGACAGGCUUUUGAAGUAUGUCACAAAUUUAAUAUUCACAAAAAUUCCUUGGAUCACACUGAAGAUCGUUCUGAUAUAUCAUCGUCAGAACUUUUGGAUGUGGAGACCCGUUCCGAUCAGCAUUUGAGUGAUGAGGAUGGCCAUAACAAGAAAGCUGUUACACCGGACUUAAAUGCACCCCAAAGGCCGAAUCAUUUGGAAUUAAUACCACAAACGAAUCUCAGUAAAUCUACCAGUUUAUUGACCGAUGAAGACAAAUCGCCCACAACACCAUCCUCUCCCAGUCGUGAAAUCAACAAACUCAAGGAUCAAUUGGAACAGCAGGCUAUACAGACGCGUCAGGCUUUGGCUCAAUUGAUGUUGGUGCGAGAGCAAUUGAUAUCAGAGACAAAUGCCCGAAUUGAGGCACAGGCUCGAACUCAACAAUUGCUGCAACAAAAUCGCGAGCUGCUCGAACAUUUGGCCUCUCUGGGGGCAUAUACCGAGCAACAGGCGCCUGGUUUGACAACGGCUAAUAUAGGAAUGGCACCACAGAAUCAUUUGCAAAUGUUGCUGCAAGCUACGGCCGGAAAUGCCAACAACAAUUUGGCCACCAUCAAUCAACAGAUUAAUAAUUUGGGUACUAUUAAUCAGCAAUUAACAUCGCUCAGUCAUCAAUUGAGUGGCCUGAAUCAGCAAACGCAAAAUCUGCAAAAUUUCCAACAACAACAACAGCAGCAACAGCAACAAUCACCCACUUCAUCACCCCUGGCAACACAGCAACAUAGUCUGGCCAAUGCUUUGGCUGCUCCUACCCCCACACCUUCGUUCAGCCAAUCGCAGCUACAUUUGAAUGUGUCUGGUGCAAGUGCCUCGAAUGUGACCACCAACACUUUGUCAUCGAGUCCCUUCCCCUCCAUGAAUCAAUUGCAGAAUAUCACCUCACAACUGCAACAGCUGAGCGCCUCACCCAAUGUGCAGCAGCAGCAGGAGGCCUUGUCCAAGGAUCUGUUUCAGGUUAAUCAGGAGCUAUUGAAUCGUCUGCAUGCCUUGAAUUUGGGGGCGGGCAAUAAUGGCUCUGCUGCUUCCGCUUUGGGUCUGGCCAAUGGUGGAGGUGCCACCCCUUCGCCCCACAACUCGUUCUUCUAUGUCAAUCCCAUGUCUUGUAGUCCAUCCAAUAAUAACAACAAUGCCAGUAGUAAUUAUAAUUUCCUCAGUACGCCCACACCCAGUUCCAUGGGUAAUCUGACGCCAUCACCCAUGGGCACUCUGAAUCGCAAUUCCUAUUCCAAUUCUCCGCUGACCCUCAACGAUGAGAUGCAAUUGAGUUUGGACAAGAAUCUCAAUGCACUGGAUGAACAUUUGAUGAAACCCUUUGCCCAUAACCUAACACAGUCUGUGUCGAAUGGUAAUAUAGCCGGAGGAUCAGGUUCCGCCUCGAGAGAGAAUAGUCGAUCGUCAUCCACCGUAGAUUCACCUCUUGCCCAAAUCGUGCGCAGCAAUUCGAAUUUGAAUAGUAGCAACAAUAACAACGAUAUGAGCCCCUCAUCCUCCAAUUCGCCACGCUUCAAUACUGUCAUGCUGAAGGUGACCGAUGAGGCGGGCAAUGUAACGAAUCAGCGAAAGUUAUCGGCCACACCCAGUUUCAUACAACGCAGUACCAGUGAGAAAGUGCCCCAUCGUAGUCAGAUGAUGAGUCAGGUGCAAAGAACAGCCUGGGCAAGGCACACCACCAAAUAACAAUGGGAGAUAUUCGAGUAAGGACUAGGAGGAGGUGCAGAUGAAGGACAAUGAAGGAUAGAAUAUGAAGCAGAAAAAGCAGUGUUUGAUGUGUGUGAAUAAGAUAAGAAAAGGAGAUUAAGGCAGUUGGUAAUAUUGUCGAAAUGUUAUGGAUUACCCAUAGGUUCUACUAUCAAAAUAAUUCAUUUUAUGGACAAAUUCUUUUAAUUGCUAAAAAUUAUUUAAAAAAAUGCUUUAAAUUUGUAUAAAGGGACCCUUAAACACCAGAGAUAUCCAUUUACUAUUUUCAGUAAUAUUUAGUUUCCCCAUCCCCAAGUACGAGGCUUAAAUUAUUUAAAAACUAAAAACUAAGCUAAAAAAUGCAAAUUUUGCCUCGAUCUAUUCAGACUUUUCAACAAAUAUGGACAUUUUCCCCAUUUCAUAUAAAGAUAAAAGGUCUUUCCAUAGCCGAGUUUGAACCUGGUGCUUCAGAAUUAACUUUGUUUUUGUCAUCGCUGCCUCAAAAUCUAUUUCCAUCUUUUAAUGCAGGAUACAAAUUAUGUACAGACAGAAGUAGCCGUAUAUCAGUACAAAAAAAGUUCCACGUCUAUCCAAAGUCAAAUUGCAUGAUCGGUUUGUAAAUUUGCCCAUGAACAUUCAAUUAAGGAACAGCGGUAAACUUCUCACAUAUCAAUGAGUGCUGCCCGAUUCAAAAUUUAAGCUCAUUGAUAACGGGCCCUCUAUUUUUCGCCGACUCCCGAACGGCAUGCUGCAGUGCGUCACUUCUUUGGGGAGAAGUUUUUACAUGGCAUAGUACAUCACAAAACAACAUUAGGAGGGUAUUACCUCUGUACACACUUUUUUCUGAUGUUCUCGUCGGAUUCGAACCCAGGUGUUCAGCGUCAUAAGCGUACAUGCUAACUUCCGCGCUGCGGUGACCUGCGAUCGUUUAAUGUCCGCAUAUAAACCUCUUGAAUGAUAUCCUUAUGUAUGUUUAAUAAUCUUAUCUGUCUUUCUCUUUGUCAUACGUCAGGCAUAGUAUGAAUAUCCGGCCCUAGGUGAAAAAGUAAUUGUGAUACGCAAACUCGCUAUAAGCCUUCCUGAUUUGUAGAAGACUGAGCAUAGCAAACUGAUGUUUUUUUCAUCUGUCGAUGCUUAGUUACACAUUUUGCUGUCCCGAUUCUACAAAAACAAAGAAACUAAUGCUAAAGCCUUUUGGUUUAAAUAGUCUAAUAUGUAAACCAUCGGUUCCUGCUGCCUCAUCAAUCUUCAUUAUGCUAAUCGUUUUCCCAAAGAGGUGUCACAUUGCGGCAUGCCUUUCGGACUCGGGUCAAGGAGGCCCCUUGAAAGGAAACCCCUUAAAAAGGAGUCCCCUUAAAAAGGAGUCCCCUUGAAAAGGAGUCCCCUUGAAAGUAAACCCCUUAAAAAGGUGGCCCUUUAAAAAGGAGGCCCCUUCAAAUAGAGGCCCCUUCAAAAGAAGGCCCCUUAUCAUUGAGCAUAAACUUGAAUCGGACAGCACUCAUUGAUAUUUGAGAAGUUUGCGCCUGUUCCUUAAUGAAAUGCUCGUGGGCAAAUUUGUAUUUGUUGUUUUUGAAGAGAUCUCUUAGAGAUACUGAAUAGAACCGCCUUGCUCAGUUGGAGACCCAAUGCCCUUCUAUUUGCCAUUCGCUAGCCUUAGGUGCCUACACAUAAAUGUCCGCGUGGAGGAUGUUAUUGUGUCUAUUAAAGCAACGAUUCUGUCUUGUCGUUGUAUCUGUGAAAGGUAUCCUUAAGAAACGGAGAAGAAUCACCUUCCAGAAUUGCAGGUUUUUUUUCGUCUGCAGAUCCGGGUCUUAGCAUAACAACUGCUCAAUCAUACCAUACUUACGAUGACAGCUUCAAAAAGUAAAAAAGCGUUAAGUUUGGCCGGGCCGAACUUUGGAUACCCACCACCUCGGGCAUUUAUAUAAACCACCUUUUGACAUAAUUCGGUGAAAAAUGCAUAAUUUAUGCACAGCAACUUUAUCGAAAUAUGGUCAUUGGCACGGACAUUUAAAGGUCCAAUGAGUGCAAGUCAUUGUUCAAUUUUGUAAAACAAAAUACUGGUCUUUUUGGUAGCGCUAUUCAAAUAUAGACCGAUCUGAACCAUAUACGAUAGGUUGUCGAAAAGCCCAACAUAAGUCACUGCGUCAAAUUUCAGCGAAAUCGGAUUAUAAAUGCGCCUUUUUAGGAAGCCUAGACUUUAAAUCGAGAGAUCGGUCUAUAUGGCAGCUAUAUCCAAAUCUGGACCAAAUUGAAGAGGGAUGUCGAAGAGCCUAAUACAACUCACUCUCCCAAAUUUCGGCAAAAUCGGACAAUAAAUGCGCCUUUUAUGGGCCCAAAACCUUAAAUCGAGAGAUCGGUCUUUAUGGCAGCUAUAUCGAAAUCUGGACCGAACUGGGCCAAAUAUAAGAAGGAUGUCGAAGAGCCUUACAUAGCUCACUGUCCCAAAUUUCGGUGAAAUCGGACAAUAAAUGCGCCUUUUAUGGGCCCAAAACCUUAAAUCCAGAGAUUGGUCUAUAUGGCAGCUAUAUCGAAAUCUAGACCGAACUGGGCCAAAUUUGAGAAAGAUGUCAAAGAGCCUUACAUAACUCACUGUCCCAAAUUUCGGUGAAAUCGGACAAUAAAUGGGGUUUUUAUGGGCCCAAAACCUUAAAUCGAGAGAUCGGUCUAUAUGGCAGCUAUAUCCAAAUCUGGAUUGAUCGGGGCCAUAUUGGAAAUGGAUGAAGAGGGGCUUAACGCAACCCACUGUCCCAAAUUUCGGCAAUAUCGGACACUACAUACGCCUUUUAUGGGCCCCAAAACCUUAAAUCCAGAGAUCGGUCUAUAUGGCGACUAUAUCCAAAUUUGAACCGAUCUCGGCCAAAAUGAAGAAUGAAGUUCAGGGGCCUAUCGCAACUCACUGUCCUAAUCCGAUAAUAAAUGCGCCAUUUAUAGACACAAUAUCUUAAAUCGAUAGAUCGGUCUAUAUGGCAGCUAUAUUCAAAUCUGGAUCGAACGGAGCCAUAUUGAAGAUGGAUGUUGAGUGGCCUUACACAACUCACUAUCCCAAAUUUCAGCAAAAUAGGAUAAUAAAUGUGUCUUUUAUGGCCCUAAGACCUUUAAUUGACGGAUCGGUCUAUAUGAGGUAUAUAUCUAGAUAUUGUCCGAUAUAGCAAACUUAGACCUUCACCUGCCUAUUGACAAAAAAAGAAUCUGUGCAAAGUUUCAGUUCAAUAUCUUCAAUGUUAAAGACUGUAGCGUGAUUUCAACAGACAGACAGACGGACAUGGUUACUCCACAUAAAAAAUGUGUCUAUAACAACAACAACAACUCAUCGUCAUAUUGCAGAAAUCAUACCGUUCACCCCUUACUUUUCUGGUCGAGUGCAGGCUUGCUCUGGCCAUUUCUUCUACUAAUAACAUAACCUUGAUAAGCGACAUGUAGAUGAGACAUGCUCUUGAUGUGUUUUGAGUCAGGUUAAGGCUAUGUUGGUCUGACCCUAAUGAUCUUUUAACCCUGGGUGAUUAUAUUGAGCAUCAAUUCGCUGCCACGUUGUUUGGACUUCUUCACCACAUCGAUUAGAAGCGGACCACCAUCUAAAACUCCUUCAGAUAAAUGCCUCAAGGCUCUCUAUUGUUUUCAUGCAACUUCACAACGAACAUUUUUCUCUCCCUUGGAUUUAGUUCCAUACCCCAGUCACCACGUAGCAUUACUACUUCGAGUUUUGCCCCAAAUGGUCAUCAACCGAAAAUAUAAGGCUAUCACUAAGCAUUAACUAGCAUACGAGAAGACAUUAAAUUUUCCCCUUCAGACCACCUCUCAAAGUAUCGGCCCCAUCGUCUCUAUUUUAGAGGCAUUAAGCUGUUAUUGUCCCCAAACACAGUAUCCGCGGUCUAAUCCUCUCUGGCGGAAAAGAAACUUUCUCAUGCUUCCCUUCGCAUCCAUAGAAAUAAGGUCAUGUCUCUCUUCUUUUAACAUACCGAGAUCCUCAAGCUAGGUGCAACUUUUUCGGCAUUAUUCAGAAUAUAGGCCUUCUAAAGCACCUUUAUUACUCCCUUAUAAAAGUCCUCCUAUCACAGGUAUUCACUAUACCGGUGCAUGAUAAGUCAGCACUUUUUAGGUAAGGUUUAGGUUGAAAACAUGCAGCGAAAAUAAAUCUGAUCCAUGCCACUGUGGACACACCUUAGACAUCAAUUGCGUUUCAUGUGCGCACUAAAUAGAAAAUAGGAACCACGAAAACAAAUCUAAGUCAGGUAUUGUGUCCCCACCUGAGUGCCGGCGUAGAUUAACCGCGAAAGCCUGGAAAUCCUCCAUCGUAUCAUCCCCACAUGCCUUACACAUGCUAUCACUUGCCGCACCUUUUCUGCAUUAGUGUGCUCGUAAUCGUAUGUGUCCCGUUAUUAUACCGAAAACUAUACAGAUCCCACGAACCAUAGAAUUUUCGUCGACCUGCCAAUCGUUUCACUCAAACCCGCCGCCCCGAAGGGAUUCGGAUUAAAAGAGUUAAUUGAUGGCAGUUAUCUGACCUUCACGGUCAAAUCGUCUGUUCUUUCAUUCCCUCUUACACUGCUAUGGCAUGGCAAUCCUUCCAAUUCUUCCAGGUAACCUUUUUUCGCCAUGAGUAUUCCGCGAUAGCAUGACCUUUAACUUUCUUCUAUACACUCUCCCGUCGUCUCAAGUCGCCCCGUCUGUGCUAGCACAACAUGUUCUCUGAAACUGUUGUAUAUCCUUUCUUUGCACAUUUUUUCCAUUGCAGUCCACCGAACUGCUGAGGCGUAAGUAAGUUUUACUCUAAUCGCGCUCCUAUAGAGCUACUGGAAUAUCCUCGGAUUCAGGCACCAUGUCUGCGUCCGUCUACAUACUGCCUAACAUCUAUUAGCCUUUUCGGUGCGCUACUGAAUGUGACACUUCCAGUUCAGUUUCCUGUCUAAGAUCACUCCUAUAUAGUCGACUUGGUCGGCUAUCGAAAUAGUUCUGUUGGAGAAACGUGACGCGUCAAAUCGGCCCACCGUCAUCUUUUUCGUAAACUGGCAGUUUUCAGUCUUUUGAGACCGCUGGAUCUAGCCCAGUCGUAGCCCAUCUCUAAAAUCCUUUCGGACGUUUUGCAUAAUUUAUUAGGAUAUCUACUGACUUCUAUAAUAAUCUUUGGGUUUACCUUCUCCGGCAAUCCGUCAAUCAUUAAAAGAUCUCUACUUUACCAUCAGCUCCACACUGACCAACCCUUCCACUAGUUUCAGUAGCUCGACAAAUGGCACUUACUUAAAGACGAAGUAUCCAAUGGUUUUUUCCUCCGUAAUUUUGAAACGAGAACUAUUCCUAGGUGUUUUGCAUUGAGGGCAAUUCCCUCCAGAGAUAUGCAUCAACAUUCUGUCAUCUUAUACAUCCGAGUGAAAAGCACCAGCUCCGCCCAUAUCGACAGUCGCUUCAUUGAGCUUUUCAUAAUUCCAAAAAUCUUAAACAUAAAUUAGCCUUGGAUAAACAAUACGACAUCUUCUGUAUAUGCGUUUCAUGUAACGUCAUCCUUUCCAUAAUAUCGUGAUGUUUAAGCAACCAGAAGGCAAUCGUGACGCAGGGGUUAAUAUGUUGCCUAUGAUACUGAACACCUGGGAUCGAAUCGCAAUGCCUAUGCCGCAAAACACUUGGGAUUGAAUCAGAAAAAUUUUUCACCUGCAUUCAAAUUUUGACCAUGAACAUUCCACUAAGGAACAGGGCCAAACUUGUCACAUAUCAAUGAGUGCAGUUCGAUUCCAGUUUAAGCUCAGUGAUAAGGGGCCUCCUUUUUAUAGCCGAGUCAGAACAGCGUGCCGCAGUGCGACACCUCUUUGGAGAGACGUUUUACAUGGCAUAGUACCUCUCAAAUGUUGCCAGCAUAAGGAGGGGAAAACCACCACUGAAAAUUUUUUCGGAUGGUCUCGCCUGGAUUCGAACCCAGGCGUUCAGCGUCAUAGGUGGACGUGUUAACCUCUGCGCUACGGUGGGCUCCUUUGCCGCAUAAGGGCAUAGCUACCCCUCUCGAAUCAUGAUGAUAUUCGAGAGGUAUUCAGCAAUGUAAAACUUCUCUACUCACUGGUGUUGCUCUACGGCACUCUCUUGGGAUUCGGCAGUAAAAUAGGAAACCCCUUAUUAUUGAGCUUAAACUUGAAUGCGACAGAACUUAUGGAUAUGGCAGAAGUAUCCCCUACAGUUCCUUCAUGAAAUGUUUGGGGCACAAAUUAGCAUUUUUACAUCCCAGCAGAUCAAACUAUACCAUCUGCCUCUAAGACCACAUCCUUAGUACAUUUUUACUUUUCGCAAAUGCGAAAUCUAAAUAAUAAAAAAGUAAAAUAAUGCUAAGUUCAUGUUCGCCGACCGAAUUGGCAAUCAUAUUCAUAGAACGAUUACUAAAACGUUUGCGCAUCUCUCACUCUAUUGUACUUGUGCGUGUGUUUCUAGCUAUCUUUGUUUUUAUGUGGCAUCGAUAUAGACAAUUGCUUUGGCUAUUGAGUGUCAAAUUUUAGGUCUCAGGCAGUUAUCUGGUUGCAAACGGAAUGGCGAUGUUAGUUAACCCCCAUCCUUUUUAGAGGGUAUAAAGACUAAUCCUCUAACCUCUUGUGAAAGCAGACCAGGGAGUGAGUGCAUGGAGUGUUUGAGAGUUUGCAUUGAUGAUGCAUUGGCGGAGAAUAUCGGCAUGGAUUGCUUGAGAGACAGCUUCUUCGUAAAAUUUAUAAACCAAUUUGCAUUGAUGAUGCAUUGACGGAGAAUAUCGCCGUCGUUUGACUCACGAACUGUAUGAGAGUAUUAUGACUUUGUGCAUUUGUUUGUAACACCCAAAAUGGAAGAGAGCUUAACCCCAUUGAUAAAAAUACCGAUCGCCUCAGCAAUACUUUCUGAUUCGAUUUAGAUAUGUUCAUUUGUCUGUCCAUGUUAAUUUGUUGUCUGUCUCAGCCAACG